AUGGAGGAGGAGCUGCAGCAUCCGCACUGCGUUAAUUGUGUCAGUAGACGAUGUAUGACACGACCAGAAGCUGGGAUUUCCUGUGACUUGAUUGGUUGUCCGUUGGUUUGUGGAGCAGUUUUCCAUGCAUGUAAGGCUGAUGAGCAUCGACUUUUAUGUCCAUUUGAACGAGUGCCUUGCUUAAAUAGUGACUUUGGAUGUCCAUUUACAAUGGCUCGAAAUAAAGUUGCUGAACAUCUAGAAAUGUGUCCUGCAAGUGUGGUGUGCUGUACUAUGGAAUGGAACCGAUGGCCAGUUAGUUAUGCAGACCGGAAAUCUUAUGAAAAUCUAAGCAGAGAUGUUGAUGAAGUGGCACAAUUAGAUAUGGCCUUGGCCCUUCAAGACCAACGGAUGCUCUUAGAAUCUCUCAAAGUAGCCACCAUGAUGUCAAAAGCAAUUGAUAAAGUGUCAGAACCUAGAGAACAGAUCUCAGUUAAACCAAGUGUCUCAGAAAUACCACAUACUAAUGGUUUGGUAUCCGUUGAUGAAGAAUCUUAUGGUGCACUUUAUCAAGCUACUGUUGAAACAACCCGAAGUCUGGCUGCUGCUUUAGAUAUUCUGAAUACUGCUACAAGAGACAUUGGCAUGUUAAGUACGAGCCUUUGUGCUUCCCCCAAUGAAAUGAAUGAAGAGCAGAAUGCCAGAGGAAGCUUACAGAGUAGAAACCUGAAAGACCAGGACCAUCUUUAUGAGGAUGAGAUGGGAGCAGUAGGUGGGAUUGACCAUAAGGACACGAGUCAGAAUGCUCAGUUGGAACAAAAUGGUUCAACUGAUUUAUUAUGUGACUUGGAUGCCAGUUCUUACGGCACUUCUGCUCUUUGUAAUGGCUUUCCUUUGGAAGAUAUAUGUCCACAGGUCAUUGAGCAGAACCAGGAUUUACAUACUGACUCAAAACAAAGUAACUUAACAAAUGGAGAAUGUGUAGCAUCAGAUGGCCCUUCAGAACCUUCUAGUUCACUUUUAGUAGCAGCACAGGUUAGGGAAGUAAUACCACCUAAUGCUUUGCCUAAUGGCACAGUCCAGCAUAUCCUCAUGCCAGAUGAUGAUGAAGACUUGUGUUGGAAAAAAGUAGACUUAGGGGACCUACGGAAUGUGGAUGUCUUAUCUUUCAGUCACCCUCCUUCAUUCAAAUUUCUUUCAAAUUCAUGUUGGUCUAAACCAAAGGAAGAUAAAGCAGUAGAUACAUCAGAUUUGGAAGUUGCGGAAGAUCCAAUGGGUCUCCAAGGAAUAGAUCUAAUCACAGCAGCAUUACUGUUUUGUCUAGGAGAUUCUCCAGGAGGAAGGGGUAUAUCUGAUAGUCGCAUGGCUGAUGUUUAUCAUGUUGACUUUGGGACUCAGACUUUUUCACUUCCAUCUGCCAUUUUAGCUACAAAUACAAUGGUUGGAGAAAUAGCUUCAGCUUCAGCUUGUGAUCAUGCCAACCCACAGCUUUCAAAUCCAAGCCCUUUUCAGACACUGGGGCUGGACUUAGUAUUGGAAUGUGUCGCUAGGUACCAGCCCAAGCAGCGUCCAAUGUUUACAUUUGUUUGUGGACAGUUAUUUAGAAGAAAAGAAUUCUCAUCACAUUUUAAGAACGUGCAUGGUGACAUUCAUGCUGGACUCAAUGGCUGGAUGGAACAGAGGUGUCCUCUAGCAUAUUAUGGUUGUACCUAUUCGCAGCGUAGAUUUUGUCCGUCAACACAAGGAGCAAAGAUUAUACAUGACCACCAUUUGAGGUCAUUUGGAGUUCAGCCAUCUGUAUCUACAGUGUUAGUAGAGCCUGCUAGAAACUGUGUGCUGGGUUUACAUAGUGACCAUCUAAGUAGUCUUCCUUUUGAAGUCCUGCAACAUAUUGCAGGGUUUCUUGAUGGCUUCAGCUUAUGCCAGCUCUCAUGUGUAUCCAAGUUAAUGAGGGAUGUGUGUGGCAGUCUUCUCCAGUCUCGCGGAAUGGUCAUACUUCAGUGGGGGAAAAAGAAGUAUCCAGAAGGAAAUUCAUCAUGGCAGAUAAAAGAAAAGGUAUGGCGAUUCAGUACUGCAUUUUGUUCUGUCAAUGAAUGGAAGUUUGCUGACAUCCUGAGCAUGGCUGACCACUUGAAGAAGUGCAGUUAUAAUAUUGUAGAGAAGCGGGAGGAAGCAAUCCCAUUGCCAUGUAUGUGCGUGACACGAGAACUCACUAAAGAAGGACGUUCACUUCGCUCAGUUUUAAAACCUGUACUUUAA